UCUCCGCUGCUAGCACGGUUAGCUCGUUAGCCUCCAGCAGCUGUCGGUGGCAGUCAGUCCGUCAGCCAGCUAGACCGUCAGUCCGAGCCUUCCUCCGCCUUCCAGCCCCGCUGAAAGAAAACCGAGGACGGCCGGGUUGUUUCUCCGGGAGCCAGCUGCUUCGCCUCUCCGCUGAAAUAUCGUCGUCCUCGCCGUCUCGACAGGAAGAAGCCCUGGGACAUGGCCAGACAAGAACAAGUCCUGGUGCUAGAGCCGCAACACGAACUGAAAUUCAGAGGCCCGUUUACGGAUGUUGUUACCGCUACUCUGAAGCUCUCCAACCCCACAGAUAGAAAUGUGUGUUUCAAAGUCAAGACGACCGCACCUCGCAGAUACUGCGUCCGCCCCAACAGCGGCAUCAUUGAUGCUGGAAACUCCAUCAACGUCUCUGUUAUGCUACAGCCAUUUGACUACGACCCCAAUGAAAAGAGCAAACACAAAUUCAUGGUGCAGUCCAUGCUGGCUCCGUACGACAUGACCGACAUGGAGGGAGUCUGGAAGGAAGCGAAGCCUGAAGAGCUGAUGGAUUCAAAGUUGAGAUGCUCCUUUGAGAUGCCUCUAGAAAAUGACAAAACUCAUGAGAGUGAAAGCAACAAAACUGUGUCUUCCUCUACCUCUGUUAAGACCGAGCACUCUGUGCUGCCCAAGUCGGGCAGCGCCUCGCUGGACGACGGAGAGGUGAAGAAGAUCAUGGAGGAGUGCAAGAGGCUGCAGAUGGAGGUUCAGAGGCUACGGGAAGAAAACAAACAGAUCAGGGAGGACGACGGCCUGCGGAAGAGGAAGGUGACCUCCAUGGCUGCUCCUCACUCCUCCGGCAUGGCGACCACGGCCAUGAGGGACGAAGGCCUGAGCACCCGUGUCCUGGCACUCUGCGUCCUCUUCUUCGUCAUCGGAGUCAUCAUUGGCAAGCUGGCCCUGUAGAGACACAGACGGACAGAGCUCAAUGACGGACGGACGGACGGACAGCGUGCUCGGGAGGACACGUGUCAGUGAUGGCAGUGGGGAUGUCUUCUGGGUUUAUGUUGAUCUGUUUUUUUGUUUUUAACAUUUAAAGGCAAUAUCAUGAUGGUUUGUUUGGAUGGAGAAUAAUUUAAAGUGUAAAGCGAAGGAAGGCGAUCCCAAGUUAAACCAUGAGAGCGAGCAUUUGUCACAACUCCUGCCUUUUUUCUGUUUUUUCUUUUUUUGUGAAAUAAUCACCUCUGAUCUGUUCUUUCCAUCCAUCUCUACUUCCUAAACGAUCUUCCCCAACUUGCACAGGUAUCAGUGGUUUGUGGAAGCGGCUACAGGCUGGCUGAAUGUCCAAAGUCUUUCAUUGAUUCUUAAGUUCCUCGCUCACGUCGUCUAUAAGAAAAGCUCUAACACUCCUCUGAUAAUCUCUCUUCCACUUAUUACUGUUAAUCUGCCAGGAGAGGCCACCGAUCAGUGAAAGACUUUUUUUUUUCUAGACUCAAACUUUAUGUAUCGUCUUCUGAACAGUUUGUGGUAUAAAUAUGAGCCAGUAGAAGCUGCGUAUGUGUGCGUCCUGUUGAUUUAUUUCUCUUUUUUUUUUUUUUUGAUGUGACUGACUGUGUGUGGAUGUUUUUAUGUGAGGAGACCACAAACGGUGAAAUCACAGGCUGUUUUAGAACAAAGGAAGAGGGCUGGUUUUAAAAAAUACAAGUCACCUGAACAGAUUUCCUGUACACAGCUGAAAAACGGGGGUGUUUGUUGCAAAUCAGAUGAAUUUUGGUUAUUUCAGACCAAGGAAUCUGUAGAAACUCAAUAAAUCAAUAAAUGUUUGGGAUUGUGUGUAAAAUUCUGAUAAAAAUCCAGAUUGUGAUGAAGAAUCCGUGCUGCUCGGUGAUCUUUUAAGAAGGAAAGCUGUAAUUUAGUGCAAGGCAUCAGAUGAUUUUUUUUGCUUCCUCAGGUUCAGAGAGUGAUGCUAGACUGAAAAAAAUAAAUUUUCCACCUUUAAUGCCGUGGACGUGUCAUGCAAACCCAACUCGAACAUUUUCAGUAUCCAACAUCGAGUCUGUAAGACGUAUUUCUGGCCGCCUUGUUUAAUUUUGCCCAUGGAGUGUUGAAUUGGUGUCCUCUGGUGUAUUACAGCAGUUGUUUGCUUUAUUUUCUUCUUGUAUUCUCAUGUAGCCAUGAUGCUUCUGUUGUUUAUAAUAUUCAAAUGCACUAUAUUCAACCAUGCACUCUGCAGUAUGCAUGAAAUGGCCUGGAUUAAUUCUGAUUUUAUUUCUUUUUGAGUGUUGGAAAUUAUAUUAGCAAAACAAAAAAAAGAAACACUGUCUUUUCAAAAGGGACCAUCUUGAGUCUGGUUUUUCAGUUGGUGUGUUUUUGUUUCCUUUUCAAUCAUCUUUUCCGUUUGUUUUCUGGGGUUUUUUUUGGGCUGCGGUGGUUGUGAGAUAACACAGCUGUAUUAUCUUGGCUAUCACAUGACCAUCGGGUUGUUAAAGCAAAAAAAAAAAAGAAUAAAUAUCUGCAUUUUUUGGUUUCCUGAGGGAGCAGAGAUGUGUGGAGGAGGACUGACCUGUGAAUACACACUACAUCCAAGAAAAAACAUGCGCUUCAGACCUUCACACCUGCAGAAAUACAGUCACAGCGAUGUAAUCACACCGUAAUUGGAUACUCUUUUUGUAUGUACACAAAAAUAAAAGUACUUAAAAAGAUAA